AAGGAUCUGGAGACACCAGAUCCACAAGUCCUGAUGUCUUUAAAAGGAUCAGCUUGUGGAAUAAGGCUCAUUUGAGAGCUGUGACAUUCAUCUUGGCUCUAGUGAAAGUCCAACAGCCACUCCCCUUCUGGCCUCCAGCAGGGCACCAUGAGGGUCUAUAUCCCCCUGAUAGUGACCGUUCUCUGUGGCUUGGUCUGGGCUGGAAAAUUGGAGUCAUGCGCAUCUCGCUGUAAAGAGAAAUUUAACCAGGAUGCUGCCUGCCAGUGUGACCGCCAGUGUCGCUGGCGUGGGGACUGCUGUGAAGACCAUGAACAUCUGUGCACGGCUGCAGAGGACCUCAAAGAGCCAGAGCCAUUCCUGGAGCUGGAGGAAGAGGAGGAAGAGGCCCCGGCCAGCCACUUGUACUCGGCACCCACCUCUUGUCGGGGUCGCUGCCGCCAGGCCUUCGACAAGCACCAGCCCUGCCACUGCAACGCCCGCUGCCAAGAGUUUGGGAACUGCUGCGAGGAUUUCGAGAGUCUGUGUGGCGACCACGAGGGCUUCUCCCACAGCAGUGACACCAUAACCAAAGAGGAGCUUCAGAGCAUCUCUGAGAAGAUCUAUGGGGCAGAUACCAACAAAGCCCAGAAGGAAGACAUCAUCCUCAACAGCCAAAAGUGCAUCUCCCCCUCGGAGACCAGAGACCGGGUGGAUCGCUGCCCAGAGCCACUCUUCACCUAUGUCAACGAGAAGCUGUUUUCUAAGCCCACCUAUGCAGCCUUCAUCAACCUCCUCAACAACUACCAGCGGGCGACAGGCCACGGGGAGCACUUCAGUGCCCAGCAAUUGGCCGAGCAGGACACCUUCCUCAGGGAGAUCAUGAAGACAGCAGUCAUGAAGGAGCUCUACGGCUUCUUGCAUCAGCAGAACCGCUACAGCUCAGAACAAGAGUUUGUCAGUGACUUAAAGAAUAUGUGGUUUGGACUUUAUUCAAGAGGUGAUGAAAAGCGAGACUCAAGUGGGUUCGAACACGUCUUCUCAGGUGAAGUCAAGAAAGGUAAGGUCACUGGCUUCCAUAACUGGAUCCGCUUCUACCUGCAGGAGAAGGAGGGCCUGGUGGACUACUACAGUUAUGUCUAUGACGGGCCUUGGGAUUCUUACCCUGAUGUGCUGGCGAUGCAGUUCAACUGGGAUGGCUACUAUAAAGAAGUGGGUGCCGCGUUCAUCGGCAGCAGCCCCGAGUUUGAGCUUGCACUCUACUCCCUGUGCUUCAUUGCCAGGCCAGGCAAAGCGUGUAAGUUAAGCCUAGGUGGACAUCCCUUGGCCAUCCAGACCUAUACGUGGGACAAGUCCACCUAUGGAAAUGGCAGGAAGUACAUCGCCACGGCCUAUGUGGUGUCUUCCACCCGGUAGAGCCUCAAGCCAGAAAGGAGCAGGAGGGCAGGGAGGGCUCCUGCGAGGCCGAGGUGCACCUACUCUGGGCUGGAGAGGGGACAGAGAAGACUGCGAGGGUCCCCAAAUACCAGAUCCAUGAGAGGGAUUCUCAAAACCCCAAAUGCCCAUAUGGGAAAGAAAAAAGCUAUAAAUCAGAAAGAAAAUGCAGGAAAUGGUCAAAUCUUUGUCCUUUAGCUAUUUUGGUAACAUAGACUAAGACGGAGUCCAGGCAGAGAAGGUGGCCUCCUUCUCCAGCUCUUUGCCCUGAUGUUUGGUGGAAUCACAAGCAGGCCCUUUGACCUCAGCAGGCUUCAUGCUUCCUUGUAAAGGGCAGGGGUCUGACCUCUUUCCCCUUUGGGGGGUUAGUGAGAGGGCAAACCUGGUGAUAUUAUUAUGGUGAAGUUGUUGUUGAUUGUUCUUAGGAAGAACGGUUGAUAGAAAUUCAAGAUUACUAUAAUGGCUGUUAUUGUAGACAGCUCUGUAAACUACAGUUCAGCCCUAUGCUGGGGGCCUCAAACAAGUCAGGCCACAGAAAUCAAGCAGUAGGCCUUUGGUCUUUUCUAGAGUUAGAUCCUCUUAGAACAGAGGCUGAGAGAACUCUUACACUGGACAGACAAGGGUAAUGGAUUGGUGCAGGAAGCGGGCUGGGGUGGGGUGGCCUUCUUUGGACUUGAAUGAUUUUGUGGUAAGCUUAGUAUCUGAAUCAAGAACCUUCCCACUGGGCAGUGCCUGUGGCUCAAAGGAGUAGAGCACCAGCCCCAUAUGCUGGAGGUGGCGGGUUCAAGCCCAGCCCUUGCCAGAAACUGCAAAAAAAAAAAGCUCUUGCUGAUUGUAUUAAGAACCUUCCCACUGUGGAUGUUUAGUGCAGUUAUAGACUUAGGUUUUGAUCUCAAAAAGUGCUUUGAAAGAGUUCCCCUCACAGGAACUCUUCAGCAUUAGAAGAAAGGAACCUAUAGUUUAGUGAAUUAGCAGAAUUAUUUUAAGGUCUAUCCAGCAUCAUAAUUUGAAUAAGUCUAGAAUAGGAGACCAGGGAGAUGAAGGCUUCCUAUCUCAACCUCAAUUAUGCAUUUAUCCUUGACCCCAUUGGAAACCAGAUGCUGUCUCACAAAGCCAGGUGGACUAUGGCUUAGAGUGUUUGAGUUUCCAAUUAAAAUCAUUUAAGAAAUCAUGA